GCCAUGAUGCUCGGGAGCUUGCUGUUUGCCGUGUGCUGUAGUGCAGCACUGGCCCAUUUCAACACAAAUCUAGACCAGCACUGGGAGUUGUGGAAAAAGACACAUAACAAGUUUUACUCCAGUAAGGUUGAAGAACUGGGCAGGAGGGAGUUGUGGGAGAGAAACAUUCAACUUAUCACUCUUCACAACCUGGAGGCCUCCAUGGGCCUGCAUUCAUAUGACCUGGGCAUGAACCACAUGGGUGACAUGACAACAGAGGAGAUCCUGCAAUCAUUUGCCACGACUCGGGUCCCUCCUAACUAUAAGAGGCAAACAGCAAAUUUUGUGGACUCUUCUGGGGCUCCUGUCCCAGAUUCUCUGGACUGGAGAGAGAAGGGAUAUGUCUCCAGUGUGAAGAUGCAGGGUGCAUGUGGUUCAUGUUGGGCAUUCAGCUCUGUUGGGGCUCUUGAAGGUCAGCUGAUGAAGGCCACAGGAAAGCUGGUCGACCUCAGUCCUCAGAAUCUGGUGGACUGUUCCUCCAGAUACGGCAACAAGGGCUGCAGUGGUGGUUUUAUGAGUUCUGCCUUCCAGUAUGUUAUUGAUAAUGGAGGAAUAGACUCUGAGUCAUCUUACCCUUAUGAAGGAAAGCAAGGGCAGUGCAGAUACAAUCCAUCCCAGCAUGCAGCAAACUGCACCAAGUACUAUUUUGUUCGUCAGGGAGAUGAGGAGGCCCUGAAGCAGGCUUUGGCUAACGUCGGGCCCAUUUCAGUGGCCAUUGAUGCCACCCGCCCUCAGUUUAUCCUGUACCGCAGUGGAGUUUACAAUGACCCAACCUGUACAAAAAGAGUAAACCAUGCAGUGCUGGCUGUUGGAUACAGUACAAUUGCUGGACAGGACUUUUGGCUUGUCAAAAACAGUUGGGGUACCCAUUUUGGAGAUGGUGGCUACAUCCGUAUAGCCAGAAACCAGAACAACAUGUGUGGCAUUGCCUCGUAUGCCUGCUUUCCAGUUAUGUAACUGCAACACUGAGUUGUAUGAACAUUUCAAAAUAAGAAAUUUACUGUUUUAUAGUUUAAUUUCUUUUAUGUAAAUGCAUGUUCUAUAUAUGGUUUUACAUUUUAUCUUUUAAAAGUGUUUUAUGAAUCUUACAAAAUAAAUAUUAAUUCUCUUAA